GCGAUCCUUUGGGCCCUCUGCUGUUUGCAGCUGCCACCCAGCCCCUUGCUUGUGAGCUACGCCUCGGACCCUUGGACCUUGCAGUGCACUUCCUGGAUGAUGGCCUUCUAGCCGGUGAUGCCCCCGCAGUCGGGGCAGGCUUGGCCCAUGUGCGCGAAAGGGCAGCGGGUCUGGGACUCACUCUCAACCUGUCCAAGUGCGAAGUUGUCGUGCUGGGGCCUGUGGACUUGCAGAGUCGCAGAGUUUGCAAUUGCAUUUGCCCAAUGCUCUUCUUCAAAACGCUGACGGCUCGAGCUGCCAAGGCGCAGCGGCUGCUCGACGAGGUCGGCCAGCUCGCAGAUCCGCAAGUUGCUUUGCGGUUGCUUCGGGCCUGCGCAGGCUUCGCACGCAUGGUGCACAGCAUGCGUUGCAACCCCCCGCACGCUCAGAUGGGUGCUCUGGCUGCCUUUGAUGGCGUGGUUCGAAGCUGUUUUGCUGAGUUCACAGGCAUACACGCCACCGCCGAGCAGUGGAGUCAGGCUGCUAGGGGGUUUGCGCAGGCAGGGCUGGGUUUGCGCUCCUGCGUGACUCAUGCGCCGGGCGCCUACCUAGCUUCUCUCGGCUCUAGCCUGGCUGCUUGCCUGGAGCUUGACCCUGCCUUCUCGGCCUUGCAAGUCACGAGUGCUCCUUCCGUGGCGGCUGCGCUGGAUUCCCUCAACGCCCAGCUCCCGGCCCCUGAAGCUAUGUCCUUUGAGGCGGCUUUGAGCAGCAGCCAGCAUAACCUCUCCAAGCGCGUGGAUGACUGCGGCUGGGCGGGCCAGUUGGCUCGCAGCACACCGGCUGAGUGCGCUGGGCUUCGAUCCGAGGCUGGUCCGGGUGCUCGGGCUUUCCUGUCCGCCUUGCCGUGUGGGAAGGGUCGCUUUGAACCUGCGGGUUUCCUGGCGGAGCUCCGCCUUCGCCUGGGAGUGCCGGAUGCUGAGGAAGACACAUGGUGCCCUAUGUGUGACGCGGUGUUGGAUAUUCACGGUCACCAUGCUGGCAUGUGUGUUGCGGGCGGCGAGCGCACGCUUCGGCACAACGCCGUGAGGGACGUGGUCUUCGCUUGGGCCCAGCGAGCCGGGCUCCGGCGCCGGCCUGCCGAUGUCUACUUGCCCGCCUUGGGUGGGUCUCCUGCUGCCCUCGACUUUGCUGUCACAGCACCCCAGCGACAGGAGACGCUCCUCUUGGCGAGCCAGAAGACUGGUGCAGCGGCCGAAGCCUAUGCAAGACACAAGGAAAGCCACCUUAACACAGCUCAGGCCUGUGAGAAUCAGGGCGUAGUUUUCGUGCCGAUGGUUGUCGAGAGCACGGGCGAAUGGGAAAAAGGCGCAGCCACAGUCCUGCGGCACAUCGCUCGUGCGGUAGCAGCCAGGAAUGGGGAAGAGGCGGAGCUUGCCCACGCAGCGCUGCUGCAAGAACUCAGCGUCGUCGUUAGGCCACUGGAGCCUGUCCCAGCAGCCUUCGCUCUUUUGUCCUGGCCUCCGCUUUGGUCGGUCAAGCGUGCGCUCUGCUAUUCUGCUUCUCUGCUGGCCAGUGGCGUGGCAACUGCCUGGUGUCGGUGGGCCAACAGCAAGAUGAGGGCUCCGACUCCCCCAUGCCCCUCAUGGCUGCGUGGUCACGAACUUCUCCACCCUGGGCCCGGUGCUGCCGGAGGUGGCCCGGAUCCAUCGGACCGAGGCCUCUCUCAGCUGCACUUGCUUUUGAAGUUUGUGCGCCAGCACGUUGGCUACUGGUGCGAGACCUCCUCCCUGGGCACCAUUCCGCAAGGCCAGCCGCUGACCUUGCAGAUGUUCAACUUGUACCAUACCAGCACAUGGGUCAUCAAGCCGUCGACAAAGGGCUUCAAUGGAGCUGGGUGCAGUCUGGUGGAGUUGCUCACGGUGGAAGCUGCCAAACAGAAGCCUCUGUGGUUUGUCUCGCACGCAUGGAAGGAACCGAUCUGCAGAUUCAUUUCGGUGCUUAUGAAGCACUCUUCCGUGCGGCUGUUGGGCGACGCAUGCUACUGGAUCUGCGCGUAUGCCAACAACCAGCAUAGCCUCGAAGAUGAGAUCACCGCCAAUCCCCGCAAGUCAGCUUUCUACUUCGCCCUUCAAGUGUGCCGCGGCAUUCUCUUGGUGCUCGACAAAGACGCCACCCCAUUUGGGAGGGCUUGGUGUGUAUUUGAGGAGAGUGUUGCAAUUGAGCAACAACAAGUUCAAAGUUUGAAGACCCAGCACCGCCUUCUGCUUGAUGUGGGUGCAUCCGAUAGCGGCGGGCACGCUCAUCUCAUCACGGAUGGCCUUGCCGGGCAGGAGCUGGAUAUGCUGCCCGUGCUGGCAUGGCACUCCAAAGCGCGCAGGGAGGCGCUCUUCCCGCUGCAGAUCUUGCGUCAGGGCCUGGACGUGGACAUCGUGAAGACCGAAGCUUCCAAGCCCGAGGACAAGCGCCACAUUCUUGGCAGCAUCGCCUUCCCUCGUGCCAGCACUAUGGAGCUCGAUCAGCUGGAUCAGCAUCAGCUGUCGGAUGUUCACGGCUUCGCACGCUUUGCGGAAGUAAACCGUGGCCUCGCGUCCCACUUCGCGCUGGCCAGUUGGUAUGGCCACCUGUCCCGGGACUGCGACCUGCACGACGCCGCCCAAGCCUUGCAUGCGGAUGCUCUGCGACGCAUCGUGGAGCUCUCCUUCGCCGGCCUGCGCCGCUUUGACGACCGGCACCUGCACGACUUGGCUUGGCACCUGCCGCGAAGCCUGCAGUCCUUGCGCCUGGUGAGCUUCACGGCGCUGACCUCCCUGGAUGCCCUGCGCGUGCUCCUUGGGGGCCUGGCGCCGGCCUUGACGCCGAGGAUUGUCAGCCUGGAGCUGUGGUUGGUGAGCCUGGAAGGGUUGGAGGGCCUUGAGCUCGGCGUGGCGUUGCAGCGCCUCGAGGCUCUGGAGGACCUGGUGCUGAGCGUGAACCAGUGCCCCAGCUUGCCCAUGGAGCAGAAGAUGCAGUUGCAUGCCGCUCACAGUCUGAAGCGACAGAGAGGCGUAGCCUUAGACAGCUGGGUGAGCGUGAAGGACUGUGAGCUUCCAGGGCUUCAAUGGCGCCGCCUAGUCUCAUGGCCGCUGUCUUCGAGCAAUUACGAGCUGGCGUCCGAGUCUUCGGAGUCGGCCUCGACGAUCUUGGACUCCCAGUCAUCCUGUGCCUCGGCACUGUCGAUUCUGAAAGCUGGGGACAUAGGGCUGGGGUGCUCCGCAGCCUGCAAUCGCCCUCGCCGGAUUGAGGUGGGCCCAGAGUCUAUAGAGCAAUCGGAGGCUCCAAGGUGUCUAAGCACUGCAGAGUCUGUGACCAACACUCUGCAGGCUGCCCACGCUUUCACGACAGCGAAAGUGGGUACUGCUCGGCACGUCGUCGAGCUGGGUCUGCUCUUCUUCACUCAAGCGGCCAUGGAGGUGGAGAGCCGGGUGGUCUUGGCCUUCCUGCUCUCCUUGUUACCGGUGACGUGCUACAGCAUCGGCCAGAUGGUCGGUGUCCAUGCCAUGCUCGCGGCCGCAGCGUUGUUGGCCGCAUCUGCUGCCAGUAUGACCUACACGGUGUACCGCUUCGACCGAAUGCACCGCAGCGCGAUGGAGCUGGAACUCACAGCGGAAGCCAGCUACGCCGAGGUCUUAAAGGGGGAGAGCGGAUCAGAUUCGUCAAGCGUCUUCAGCAUCUUCUCUGGCAUGGAUGUCCUGGACCAGACGGUGCAGAAGCCGUUGGAUUUGAGAUCUGAGUAUUUGCGAGCCAAGCGCAGCUUGCCGGACUUCGAGAGAGACGUUUGCCUCCCAAUCGCUCGGCUGCUGGGCGAUCCCCAAGUGACGGCAAAGCUGCAGCCACUGGGAUUGGCGCAGCUUCAGGGCGGAGAAGGCGUGCUCUACUGCGAGGUGAGGUGUGCGACUCUGCAGCAGAUCUGCGUCGUUUGGGAGCUGCUGAAGCCCAGGGCCUUGGCUGUCCAGGACGGCUUCGCAGCUCUGAGCGGCCCACGCGAGGCAUCGGUGCGGCUCUGCGUGGGCCACGCGGGCACCGCAGGCGCGGCCACGGUGCGACUGCACCUGGCGCCGCUGUGGCGCCUGCAGCAAAACCUGGACGAGGUGCACCGCUGGGCAGAGGCGCUGGGCCUCCUGCCACACCUUCAACAUGCGGGACGCGCAGCAACCGAGACGGCCAGCGUUGCCGGGAAAGCCAGUGCGCUCUGUGCGGGUGUGCGAUGUGACCCUUUGGCCGCGGCGGUGGCGGCCCUCCGAGUGGGGUCGCUGCUGGCCUCGAGCUACCUGGCGGCCCAGUACUUCAUGCGCUAUGGGCCAGCCCUGCAUCACGCCAGCCUGGAGCUGGAAGAGGAGGAAGGCUUGUGGCUGUGGUGGCGUGGAGGCCUGUAUGCCUUGCCCUACGUGACAUUGGUCGGGUUGCUGGCGCACGACUUGCGGCGGACAGUGGCCCCACGAAAGAAGCCCACGCAGGCCGUCUACGAGCGCUUCUUCGGCCUCCGCGGCAGCUACUACACGUGGAAGGUGGCCGCCUUGCAGCUGCUGACAGUUUGCGUGCAGGCUACCGGCAAGUUGAAGCUGCUGAGUGCCAUGGUGUCCUUGGCCCUUUUCUUGAAGUCGGAGUUCGUCUUUCAGCUAGAGAUGGGAUUUUGGUGCUUCUUGAUGCUCCUGCUUGUCAAUGCACUGUACCCGUGCGUUCUCCUCCUUUUCCCAAACAGCAUCGCAAGAUUUGCAGCCGCAUCCAUGGAUGCGUUCUUGGAUCUUGGGUACACCUUGACCUACCUCUAUAUCGUCCUCACCGCUCUUCCAGCACUCUCCUCAGAUGAGGCCAUUUUCGGCAAUUUCGGGGACGAGGACUUACGGAUCUCCAACCAACUCACACAAGCUUUUGCCUUCCCAUCCGAUGCCCUUGGUUUCUUUGCCGUGCACGCAUCCUUGGCCCACGUCUUGGCAGUGUGCAGGGCGUUGGAGCGGAACGCCAGAGACGCCGGAGACCUCGAUGGAGUGGACUGGGCCAAGGACCCAACUUGGCAUGGAAAGACACUGUCGAAGCGGGCAUUGGCCGCAGGCGGCCGGCCGAUUUCGGAUGCUUCCCUUGCACGUGCCCAGAGAGUCUUGAACGGUUUGCGUUUGGUGAGCUGCGAGCUCCCCAGCAUCCUGCGCUACAGCCAGUUGAGCCUCAGCAACCAUAGCAUUGCAGACAUUGCCCCGGACUGCCUUCCCAAGGUGCUGGACCUUGGCAACACGAACCUGGAGAUCCUCCAUCCGGAGUCCUUGAAGGGCCUCAAAAGCUUGAGGCUGCUGUCCAUGAGCGGAAACCGCUUGGUGCAGCUGCCGGAAAAACUCUUGGAGCCGGUACCGAAGCUGCAAAAGCUGCUCCUGGGAGGAAUGCGGGAGGAAAGAUUUCACAGUCUUGAGGUGAAAGGGAACCGGCUACAAUCCUUCCCGGAAGGAUUCUUUGCACACUGCCCAGGCUUGGCAGUGUUGGAUGUGAGUCAGAAUUUGUUGAAGGUGCUGCCAAAGACCCUUUCCAAGAACCCAAUGCUGCAAACCUUGGAUUUUCGAGAGAACCAGCUAUCGGUUCUGCCACUAGGGAUCUUCCACAACCUCACGGAGCUGCGGACGUUGCAGCUUUCAGGGAACAGGUUGGGGGAGCUCCCUGCAGAGAUCUUCCAGGGGCUCACGGCCCUGCAGACCUUGGAGCUGGGAAGUGUGCAUCUUGCUCAGCUUCCAGCUGAGAUCUUCCAGGGGCUCACGGCCCUAGAGACAUUGGUUCUGGAAUAUAAUGGUUUGGUGGAGCUUCCAGCAGAGAUCUUCCGGGAGGUCCGGGCCCUGAAGACCUUGGAUCUAAGCCACAACAAACUUGCACAGCUUCCCGAGAGGAUCUUCAAUCGGCUCACCUCCCUAGAGACAUUGGAUCUGGGAUUCAAUCGCCUUACGAAACUUCCAGCAAAGAUCUUCCAGGGGCUCACAGCCCUGCAGAUGCUGGAUCUCAAAGUGAACCUUCUUGCGCAGCUUCCUGCAUCCAUCUUCAAGGGGCUCGCGGCCCUGCAGAUGCUGAAUCUCAAGGUGAACCGUCUUUCGGAGCUUCCUGUAGAGAUCUUCAGUGGGCUGACAGGGCUGCAGAUUUUGGAGCUGACAAGCCUCAAUCCGCUCAGUCUUGGUCUGAGGCUUCCAGCAGAGAUCUUCCGGGGCUCAUAG